UACCAUCUUUCCAUCAGAUGCUAAUUUAAAUUUUAUUUUCAUAAUGCAUUUUUUUUCCACAUUUCUGAUUUAUUAUUUCAUAAUCACUAAAUAUGUAUAUUGCUCAAAUUGUUCAUAUAAAAAGAAAUGUAAUCUGGGUGAGCCUGAUAUGAUAAAUGUGCAUAUUGUAGCACAUACACAUGAUGAUGCUGGUUGGCUUAAAAAUGUUGAUGAAUAUUACAUAGGAAGCAAAAAAUUUAUAGAUAAGGCUGGUGUUCAAUAUAUCAUUGAUUCAGUUCUCAAAAGUUUGGAUGAAAAUCCUGAUAGAAAAUUUUCUUAUGUAGAAGGAAGUUUUAUGCAAAGAUGGUUAUCAAGGCAUGAAUUUCAAAGACACCAAAUACAACGUUUUGUUGAUAAUGGUCAAUUAGAAAUAUUGUCGGGCGGCUGGGUAAUGAAUGACGAGGCUUGCUCUCACUACAAUGAUAUUAUAAAUCAAAUGACUUUAGGAUUAAAAAUGUAUAAAGACACGUUUGGAGAUUGUGGUAUCCCAAAAACCGGAUGGCAAAUAGAUCCUUUCGGACAUUCUGCGGCCCAAGCCGAUAUAUUCGCGAAGCUCGGCUUUGACGGGACAUUUUUUGGGCGAAUUUCUGACGAUUUUAAAGAUACUAAAUCAUCUGAACGCGGAUUAGAAUUUUUGUGGCAUCCUUUGCCAAAUUUUGCCGAGAUGUAUACAAGUACUGCUCAAUCAAUUAACGACACGACAUCGAAGUCUACAACACCUAGCGAUAUGUUUAUAUCCAUCUUAGACAAUUUAUACCAACCUCCUGCUGGCUUUUGCUUCGACAUUUUAUGCGACGAUGAUCCUAUACAAGAUGAUGAAGGGGCCAGUGAUUACAAUGUUCCCGAAAAAGUUAAUGCUUUUCUCAGCUCCUUAAUUAGGCAAUCCAAAAAUUACGAUACAAACCACCUAUUAGUUACAAUGGGAAAUGAUUUUAAUUAUCAAGCAGCCGACAAUUGGUAUAAAAACCUGGACAAACUCAUUAAAUACGUCAAUAAACAAAGAAGCCUGCCUAAAUUUUCCUUAAAAUUCAACCUUAUAUAUUCCACGCCUGGAUGUUAUUUAUAUGCUUUACACAACGCAAAGGGAGACCUUAAUAGCACUUCACAUAGUUUAAAUAAUUUAAACUUAUAUAAAUCCGAAUUAAUAGACAAUAAUCGACCUUUCAAAUCAAAGAGACAGCCAAAAAUAUCAGAUAACAAUUAUGGUGAUUAUUGGCCGGAAAUUAACGGGGGUGAUUUUUUUCCCCUGGUUAAUUUUAUUACGAAUAUAUGGACGGGAUAUUUUAGCAGUCGACCCACGUUAAAGGGCAUGAUCAGAGACAGUAGUCGUUUUUUGCAUAUUUGUAAGCAAAUAGAAUCCCUAAGCGGUUUAGAUAGAAACCAAGAUAUCAUGUCGCUAGAGAGAGCCCAAGCUAUAGCUCAGCACCACGACGCUGUCACCGGAACAGCCAAGCAGGCCGUUACUUAUGAUUAUAUCCAUAGAUUGUAUUUGGGACAACUGGAAUGUGAAAUGGCCAUUGAAGAAGGUUUGCAAAGAUUGGCAGUGAUCAAGCCUAACCAAAAGGUUAACUUUUGCCCUUUACUCAAUAUUAGCAAUUGCGUUUUCACUCAAACACAAUCAGAAUUCGAUAUACUACUUUACAAUCCUUUGCCUUGGGACGUUGAACAUUAUGUCCACAUUCCUGUAAGAAGCAAUAAUUUAGAAGUUUUCAGCGAUAAGGAUGAACCAGUUCUACAACAGCUUUCUUUCGUUCCACGCUCGAUUAACCGGGUUCCUGAACGUUAUUUAGAUGCCGACCAGGCCACAUUUCCAUUAGAUCGCCAAUCUGAUUGGACCCUCACCUUAAAGGCUGAAGUUCCAGCCCUGGGCACUUCUUGUUACCAAAUAAAGUCCACAACAAAAAAGCAAUCUGAUGUAUCCAAGCUCUUACUUAAUUCGCCAUAUUAUUAUAAGCCUUUUCUUAGUGAUAUAUCCACUCUAAUGGAUGUUUCAUACAAAUACAGACAAAACGAAAUAAAUGCUAAUCUUAUACAACCCAUUAUCAAAUCCGCUGAAAAUAGUGAGUCUUUGCUCCUAUCUCAAGUGCCUAGACAGAGGAAAGCGAAAUCUGGUGCCAAGUUAUUCUUAGAAAAUAAGAAUUUGAAAUUAACUUUUGACCCCGACACUAAUCAAAUCCAGACCUUGGUUAACAAAAUUUCGAAGUUGAAAGUUAAACUUAAUCAAACCUUUUGGUGGUAUGGGACCAGGUUAACACCUAGCUCUGGGGCUUACAUAUUUAGACCUAAUGCGUAUGAAGCUAAUGAUAUAUCGUCCUUUUUUGACGGCAUUGAUUUGGAAAUUAUUAAAGGUCCUUUAUUUCAGCAAGCGAGGCAAAUUUUUUCUUCUUGGCUUUACCAAGAGAUAACACUUUAUGAAGGAGCAUCAUAUUUAGAAAUGGCUUGGACGGUUGGUCCUAUACCAAUACAUGACCAAAUACCCAAAGAAAUCAUUAUCAGAAUAGAUUCCGACAUUCGUUCUUCUGUAAUUAAAAAAAACGUGGCUAAGCGAAAAUCGAAAAUCUCCAAAGAAGACGUAGAUGACACCUUCUCCAAGAUCAAUAAAUUUUACACCGAUUCUAACGCUAGAUUCAUGGUUCCGCGGUCUGUAAUGAUAUCUGAAAAUAUCAAUAACACUCAGAAUGAUCAAAAUUCAGAAGACUGGGAUGUUAAUUUUAUAUCCAAGCAGUAUUAUCCCGUCGAUUCUAAAAUAUUCAUUAAGGAUGAGGAGGGAAAUGAUAAUAAAUUACAAAGGCAGUUAGGAAUAGUUAACGAUAGAGCUCAAGGUGGAACCUCUCUAAAAGAAGGAAGCUUGGAAUUGAUGUUGCACAGGAGACUCAUUUAUGAUGAUAGUUUAGGAGUAGGCGAACCUCUUGAUGAAAUGGGGUCAAAUGGUCAAGGUUUGAUUGCGAGGGGGAAGAAUUUGUUGGUUUUUGAUAAUACCUUGCAAUGCAAUAAAUUAAUGACGCAAUUAGCUCAAUCAGUUUAUCUAUCCCCUCAAGCCAUGUUUUUAACGCGUAAUGAAUCUGUAGUUCCUACUUCGAAACAGUUUAUAUUCAACGCGUUCCCCCCUAAUUUACAUCUCCUUACUCUCUAUCAAUGGGGUAAGCGUAUAUUAUUAAGACUGGAACAUAUUUAUUCACCAAACGAACACCCCGAAUUAUCGAAAUCCGUUACCAUUGAUAUUAAGAAUAUAUUUAAAACAUUUACUGUCGAAUCAUACAUCGAAAUGAGUUUGGGUGUUAAUCAAAAUCAAAGCAGCUUACAUAGGUAUAGUUGGCCUACUAAAUCCAACAUCAAUUUUAACAUCAACACGGAAGAACGACAAAAAGAUAAUCAGCCCAAUAUCACCCUUAACCCGCUUGAUAUUAAAACUUACCUUUUAACGAUAACUAUGAAAUCAUAGGUUAUUGAUUUAUAUUCUUAUUAUAAAUAAUUUUAUAGAAAAUUAUUUGUUCCGGGCCACAAUUAUUUUUUUACAUCAAAUUCAUAAAUAUAAAUGUAAAAUUAUUUUAUAUUUGCGUUCAAGUUAAUAAUUGUUUAAAAUCUGGAAAUAAUUAAUUUAUUAUCAAUUCAUUCAUAAUAAUAUUAAAUAUUGAAUUUAUUGUAAGAUUAAUAAUGUUAAACAUUUCAAAAUUCGCUUUUAUUUUUGAUUCUAAAACGAAUAAUAUAACAAUUGCUUUUAUUUUCUCCAUUCUUGAAGAUUUUUUUUAAAACUCGUUUGAUAUUUUACCAGUUCGCUACCCAUUUUUUUAAAAAAAAAGGAGCCUCCCUUUUCUCUCCUACGAUUCUUCUAAAUAUAAGUAAUAUUUUAAUGAUUUGUCCAAAAAAGUCAUUUUUUCCCCUUAUAAAUUUAUUAAAUUCAAUCAUACAUUAUUACAAAGGCACAUUCUCAAUUAUAUUUGUA